CACGAAGUGACCAAAUGAAUUGUAUCAGAUGACGAUCGAGCAACACAGCGCUUCCGAGAGUAUCGAAUUUGUGGAGAAAAUGCCGAGGAGAAACAGUUUGCAGGAUAUGCGGAAUACUCGAAAAAUAUUAAGGAAUGAUACAUGUGCACGUGACGUUAACUCAGGAAACAAUUCUGCACUAGUGGCGAGAAAUGCGCAAACUCAGAUUGAUUUUCUCCGGUCAGCUGGUGCUGUUCAUCUUCGGACGAUGCGGUUAAUCUUUCGUAUGAAUUUCGACGAACAAAUUUCUCUGAUAACAUGAACGAUAUGGAUCAAGAGUCCUCGAUAAAACGAAAAAGAGGUCGGUGUGAGAAAAGUGAAUGUGAAUGGUGAUCAAAAAUCGUUUGUCUCUAACACAGAGAAAAAAUAUGACUUCCUCACCCUCAUCCAGCACCAGUUCCGCGUAUGCUAGUACUGACGAACAUCGUCAGUACUAUAGUAACGAUAAACAAAAUUUCUUCGAUUCGGACGACAUCGGAACAACUCGGCUAUUGCGCUCGUACUCACCUCAUCGUAGCAAAGCAAGAGGAUUCUUUGCGAGGCUGCGAAUUGACAAAUCUUAUAUUACUACAAGAAAUAUUGUAAUAGCGGGAAUAAUAUUAACCACGUUGAUUCUUGCAAUAAUAGCAAUCUGCACUAUUUAUGGUGCUAGAAAUGUAAAAAUCCCAGAAAUACCACCCGAUCCGGAACUACCAUUACCCCCUUCAUGGAGUAAGUUAAAAACGUUUAAACAUGGUGCUGUUUGUGCAGAUGGUGCACCAUGUGCACUUGUGGGCAAGAUGAUUCUAUUAAAAAAUGGAUCAGCAGUGGAUGCUACUAUUUCGGCAAUGAUUUGCAAUGGUCUCGUAAAUAUGCAAAGUAUGGGCAUUGGAGGUGGAUUUUUCAUGACAAUUUACGAUAAAGCUUCUAAGCGUGCCUAUACGUUAACUGCAAGAGAUCGUGCUCCAUUAGCUGCCAAUGCUACAAUGUAUAAUGAUAAACCACAGGAAGCAUCGAUGUUUGGUCCAUUGGCUAUUGCUGUUCCUGGGGAAUUGGCAGGAUACUGGGAGGCUCAUAAACGUUUCGGUAAAUUACCAUGGGCUGAUUUAUUCAGUCCUUCGAUCGAGAUAUGCGAAAAAGGAUAUAAUUUGACAAAAAUUCAACACGACGGAUUCAAAUAUAACGCAAAAAAUAUUUAUAAAGAUCGUGUCCUAAAAGAGUUAUUUGUAGAUCCACAAACGAAUGAUUUUUAUUUACCGGGAACAAUUAUUAAACCAAAAAUACUUUGCAAAACUUUGCAGAUAAUUGCAAAGAAAGGGAUUUCAGAAUUUUAUAACGGAACAUUGGGUAAAUUUUUGGUGCAAGAUUUACAAGAUAAAGGAAGCAUUAUAACAAUGAAAGAUUUAAAUAGUUAUAGAGUAACAUGGGAUGAACCUCUUGUAUCGAAUCUCACUAAUGGAAUGAAAUUAUUCACAGUCGGAUUGCCCGCGAGUGGAGCUAUUCUCACCUAUAUUUUAAAUAUCUUAGACAGGUUUAAUUUUACGCGUGAUAGUAUAGCUGAUUUUAAUCGAACUACUCUUACAUAUCAUCGAAUGAUAGAAACAUUUAAAUACGCUUAUGCGUUAAGAAAUGAUAUGGGCGAUAAAGAAUUCGUCGAUAUGAAAGAACUAACAAACAACUUAACAUCAAAGAUUCAUGCGAAAAAGACACAAAUGAUGAUAGAUGAUUAUAGAACUUGGAAUGAUUCCGCGCAUUAUGGAGCACGCACGAUAAGCAAUGCAAAAGAUCAUGGGACUGCCCAUGUUUCGGUAUUAGCUCCAAAUGGAGAUGCAGUAUCAGCUACUAGUACUAUUAAUUUCUAUUUCGGAAGCGGAGUAGUCAGUGAAAACACCGGGAUAUUAUUAAAUAAUGCAAUGAACGAUUUUGGUAUACCGUCAACAAUUAGUUACUUUGGAAUUCCACCCAGUCCGAACAAUUAUAUCGCUCCGGGGAAAAGACCAUUGUCUUCUAUGGUACCUUCAAUCCUUGUCGACUCAAAUGACGAUGUAAGAAUGGUCAUUGGUGCUUCUGGUGGUACUAAAAUUACUACAACAGUUUCUCAGAUAAUAGCUAAGAUCAUAUGGAUGAAUCAAACGGUGAAAGAAGCUGUAGACGCUCCUAGAAUACACCAUCAGUUAUUCCCACCAGAGAUGAAUUACGAAUACGGUGUACCAAAGCCAGUAAUUGAUAAUUUGCAAAAAUUCGGGCACGUAACUUCUCGUUACAGAGUUCGUGGCAGUGUGGCUUGUGUCAUUUUUACCGAAAAUAAUACAGUAUAUGCGAAUGCGGACUAUCGAAAAGGAGGAGACGUAUAUGGACUUGAUUAAACUUUAUUAAAAUAAAUAAUUAUGAGUGAAAUACAAACGCUAUCUUCCAAUAUAUAAAUUGCUAACAAGUGUUGAUCAUAAAUGUUGUUCGAGUUCUCAAUAUUAAACUCUUCAACAUUUGAUCUUAAAGUUAUAUAACGUUAUACAUAUAAAAUUAUAAAACUUCUUUUAAAGAGAAAUUUUCCAUGAUAAAAUAUAUUGUGAUAUUUGUUCUAUGUUGAUUUAUGCGAAAUUAAAAUUCUUCAAUAAAACUUUUACAUAUAUUACUUUUUUA